UUUUUGUUAUCCAAUAUGUUUGAGAACUCGCUGUUGAUCCUCAAGCCGGACUAUCUGCAAAAUCGACGUCCGAUCCUUUUGAAGUUGCUGGCUGAGGGGUUCCAGCUUCAGGGGAAUCGCAGGAUCGCCUUUUCCCCGGAGUCAGCUGCCGAGUUCUAUGCUGACUAUGCCGACGAAAAGGGCUUCAUGCUGGAGGUCAUUCUGCUGUCGAAGGGCGUCUCGGAGGCAUUCAUAGUCACCAAAGAGAACGCCGUGCAGGAGCUGCUCAACGUAAUGAUCUGCUACUUUGGUUGCUCAUCGGACCUGGAGCGCAAUAUCCAUGUUACCAAGAACAGCCGCAGCGUGGCCCGUGAGAUAAACUUUAUUUUUCCCAAUUAUAUCCAUGAGCCGCAUGAGAUGUUCGACCACAACAACUUCUGUACUCGUCCCAUGCUGAAGCCUCUGCUCGAGGAGAUCUACGAUAUCAUGCAGAACAUUGAUUGCAGCCAGGAGAACUGGAAGGUUCGCGUGUCCGACUAUUUGGUGCGCAGCAACCCGAAGAUGCCGCAGGUCAGCAACCAAUGUCAGCAGCGACCGGAUGUGGGCAUCCAGGACAAGUCGCAGCAAACCGCCAUGACCUAUGCCCCGAAGCCAAGUGCAAGGGCUGUGCAGCCGCGUACCAAGAAAUCCGAGAGCACCAGCUCACCCCUGUCCACCACCUCGCCCCACUCCUCGAUGCUGCUGUCCUCGUCCUCGUGUGUCACCUGCGGAGGAUUCGACAGGACCGAGUCUGGCAUCUCGGAACUGGAUCUCAACAAGCGAGUGGAGCCCCACGACGCGGAAGAGGUUUGUGUGGACGAGGAGAUCCUGUGGAAGGAAGUGGUGGUCUACGAGGAGGUGCAGCCGGAGGAGGAGGAGCAGGAGUCCAAGGAGGGCCACGCCUUCGACCUGGAGGAGGAGCACGUCGGAGAGGCAGGUGGCUCGGACGUGGAGUCGGACAAGAGUAUCCACGAUGCUCCUCCGCCAGCAGCUCACGACGAGGAAUCGGAUGUGGGUGAAACCGCUGACGGAGAACCAGGAGAAGCUGCUCCGGCUCCAGAUGAGGUUCCCCCUGCUGCCGAAGCCCCUCCUUCGGCUCCAGAAGCUCCUGCGGCAGAGGAAGCUCCCCCGCGGAACCCGAGGAAUAAGUUCAGCUCUCUAGUACACCUGUUGCCCGUUCAUUUGUUUGUCGGAACAUAGAAAAAAUGACCUUAAAUGCGCGCAAUUUUUCCUACACCUUCACACGGCAAUUGCGCACUCGCAGAAUUCGGGAGGAUGGUCCUGCAGUUUUUGUUGCCCCCGGAAAGUGCAGCGAACACAGCAGCAACAUCCACGGGAGCAACAGCCACAGCAGCAACAGCUUUUCCCGCCAGCAACAUUGCAAAUCGCAGGCAAAGUUUUUCGCCCCUUUCAAGUGUCCGAUAAAAAACGCAGAAAAUAGAACAACAAUGAAUCCAAAUUUAA